CAGAGUUCAUCACUUGGUACAUCGAAACCCCUCCAGAUCACGCCAAGUUGCCAAGUUAGUCCCGACCACUCCAGAAACGACCGGCCGAUUUCGACUGGCCAAUUAGAUACAACUUGUAGAUGAACCGUCCUGGGAUAUCGAGCACCCCGCGCACCAACUCGGUCUCUGGGGCGAAGGGCUGUCCGGAAUAACCCCAUCGACAAUAAGCGACAACUAAAGAACAGCCACUGCAAGAGCAGCAGCUAUGGUUGCAGCUCCCGUCGUUGAGGCUAUGCCAGCAUUGGAACCGUCGAGUGCCAAAACGGUGUCAUGGCUAUCCAAAGAGGUUGAUUUCGACCCCUAUGCUCUGAAAUCCAAGUAUUUGGCCGAGCGAGACAAGCGGCUCGACAACGGUGGCUUCAACCAAUAUCGGCCCGUCGAAGGCUCGCUCUUGGACUACGUCGAGGACCCGUACGUCACGCCUGGCUUUGCCCGCGAUCCCGUGGACCUGGACUGUGAGGUGGUGAUCAUUGGUGGCGGAUACGGAGGCCAGCUGGUCGCGGUGCGCUUGAUCGAGCAGGGAAUCAACAACUUCCGGAUUAUCGAGAAAGGCGGCGAUUUCGGGGGCACCUGGUAUUGGAACAGAUAUCCGGGGGCGCAAUGCGACGUGGAAUCCUACAUCUAUAUGCCCCUCCUCGAGGAAACUGGCUAUAUACCCACGGAGAAAUACGCCCAUUCCCAGGAGUUACUCGCGCACUCUAGGAGGAUUGGAGAGCGAUACGAUCUAUAUUCAAGAGCCCUCUUUCAGACCGAGGUGCUGGCCUUGCGGUGGUGUGCCUCGGAGUCCUCCUGGUCUGUUGAGACGAACCGCAAAGACAGCAUUCGAGCACGCUUCGUCAUCCCUGUCGCUGGUCCGCUCCACAGACCCAAGCUUCCCGGAUUACCUGGUAUCGAGUCGUUUCAGGGCCACUCUUUCCACUCGAGCCGCUGGGACUACGACUAUACGGGAGGGAAUCAAAACGGUGGGCUGAGCAAGCUCGCAGACAAACGCGUCGGCAUCAUUGGAACAGGCGCCACCGCGGUCCAGCUAGUUCCGCAACUAGGGGCUUGGGCGAAAGAGCUCUACGUGUUCCAGCGGACGCCGUCUUCCAUCGAUGUUCGAGGAAAUAGGCCGACGGACUGGACGUGGGCCAAGACGUUGCACAAGGGCUGGCAGCAAGAACGAAUGGACAACUUCACCAUCAUUCUCAGCGGCGGCUAUCAGGAGGAAGACCUGGUGGCCGACGCCUGGACUGAGUCGCUGGGGAACCUGCGGCCGAACCCGACGAAGAUGAAGACGAUGACUCCAGAGGCCUACGCCGCGGAGCUCCAGCUGGCCGAUUUCAAAAAGAUGCAGUCGCUGCGUGAGCGGGUCGACGCCGUGGUCCAAGACAAAAGGACGGCGGAGAGGCUGAAGCCCUGGUACAACCACUUUUGCAAGCGGCCCUGCUGCCACGACGAGUAUCUCCAGGCAUUCAAUCGACCAAACGUCCAUCUGGUUGACACGGAGGGCAAAGGGGUGGAAGCCAUCACCGCGAAAGGGGUGGUCAGCAAAGGCACAGAGUACGAGCUGGACUGCAUCGUCUACGCCACCGGCUUCGAGGUGGCCACGGAUUUUUCCCACCGCGCCGGCAUGGAGAUCUACGGGCGCGACGGCCUGACCCUGACCGAGAAGUGGCGCGACGGCCCGUUGACGUACCACGGCUGGACGACGCACGGCUUUCCCAACUGCUUCCUGGUCGGCAACCUGCAGUCCGCGCUCUCGGUGAACUUCAUCCACCUCACGAACGAGCAGGCCAAGCACCUCGCCUACGUCGUGGCCGAGUGCCAGAAGCGCGGGAUCGACUCGGUCGAGGCCGACGCCGCCGCCGAGGCGCAGUGGGUCGACACCGUCGUGGAGACGACCAAGAUGAGGCGCAACCUCCUGCGCGACUGCACCCCGGGCUACUACAACAACGAGGGCGAUUUCUCGCUGCGUGCCCAGCGAAACGCACCCUAUGGAGGCGGCGUGCUGGCCUUCAUCGACAUCUUGAACAAGUGGCGCGAGGAGAACAAGCUCGAAGGACUAGAUGUUAGGCGGUUGGAAAAUGGUGCUCCGUGAAGUGGUGCUGCGUGAAGAGACUAUCCGAUAGAGUCUGAGAGACGAGAUGGUCGUUGCAUAGAAUGGUGCUGUAGAGUUGUAUACGGCAUUGGCUGUUUGGCCAGGCUUAGAUUCGCGUUAUCAAGAUGCAUAGAGGGAUAUCCACUGAAUUGACCCGGAUAAACAAAUAGAUGUCCUCCAUAGCACUCCUGGGUUUUAUCAGAGCCAGAGAGACUGCCAUGGUAAAAAUCAC